UCCACAGCGGCUGCACUGACCGUGUCUGAGCGUAGCGCGACUCCUGCCCAUCCUAUUUCUCCUGAAAACAUCACCUCUGCUUCUUUUUUUAUUAUUAUUAUUUCUUCUCCCCCCCCCAUUUCUCCCCUUGUGCUUGUUUGUUCGUUUGUUUGUUUCUUCAACGACAACAAAAACCAAAAAACAGCCGGAUUGUCCGAAGAGAGACAAGGAGAAGGAGGAGAAGAAGAAGGAGAAGAAGAAAAGAAGGAAAAAAGAAAGAAGCUGGUGCAGCAACUUUUUUCUCUCCCCCCCCCCCUGCGUUCUUCCCCACCCCACCAGAACAUGUCGUUGACCAACACAAAGACGGGCUUUUCUGUAAAGGACAUCUUGGACCUUCCCGACACGAAUGACGAAGAAGGAUCUAUCACCGGAGCCGAGGAGGACACGGAGGGCUCGGAGACCACGUCCACGACGAAAAGCGCAGGAGUUUUGGUGCAGAGUCCCCUGGAAAACGUUCAAAAUCUGCCUUUAAAGAACCCCUUUUACGACAGCAGUGACAAUCCGUACACGCGAUGGCUUGCCACCACGGACAGCAUUCAAUAUUCAUUGUUUCUCCCGUUUCUUGCCGCAGUGCACGGUCUGUCCGCCAGCUCGCAGGACUCGGCCAAGUCCCCGGAGCCGUCCGCGGACGACGAGUCGCCGGACAACGACAAGGAGACUUCGAGCAGCGGCGCCAGCGACUCCGGCAAGAAGCGGAAACGGAGGGUGUUGUUCUCCAAGGCGCAGACCUACGAGCUGGAGCGCCGCUUCAGGCAGCAGAGGUACCUGUCCGCCCCGGAGAGGGAGCACCUGGCCAGCCUGAUCCGCCUCACCCCGACGCAGGUGAAGAUCUGGUUCCAGAACCACCGGUAUAAGAUGAAGAGAGCCCGGGCCGAGAAAGGUAUGGAAGUGACCCAUCUCCCUUCUCCCAGGCGGGUGGCCGUGCCCGUCUUAGUCAGGGAUGGAAAGCCUUGUCACACUCUUAAAGCUCAGGACUUGGCGGCCACUUUUCAGGCCGGGAUCCCCUUCUCGGCUUACAGUGCCCAGUCACUCCAACACAUGCAGUAUAACGCGCAGUACAGCGCCGCGGCAGCGCCACAGUUCCCCACAGCACAUCAUUUGGUGCAAACGCAACAGUGGACUUGGUGAGAGAGAAAUAAUAGAGACUUGUCUUGGAGGCGCGGUAGGGAGUUCCACCACAGAGCAAAGAGAGAAAGAGAGAGAGAGAGAGAGAGAGAGAAAAAAAAUAAAACACAAAAAAAAACAAAAGACUUUUCAUUUUUGCAGCUUGACUCGUAUAUAUACUACCAUUUUUAUUCGGGGCUCAUGUGUGCGCCGUGUUUACAUGUUUUCGUUAAGAGAACUGGGUCCGAACCUCUCCCUGAUUUUAUCCAGAAUGUCAAUGCUCUUCUUGUGAUUAUUAUUUUGUUUUGUUUUGUAAAAGUAUGUUGUGUGUUGGUUGUAGAGAUGUUUUCCUCUUUGUUCCCCCCCCCCCCCUUUUGUCCCCUUCGUGUUAUUAUCAGCACGUGCGAACCACUUUAUGAUUAUAGAAAUUUUAAUUUCUUGCUUCUUUUAUGGACCGAAAAAAAAAUAUUUAUGGCCAUGAAUAAACACUGGCAAACUUUUCAGCUAUUUUCCUUUGGUUUUUCAUUUUACUGUAAAUAAUCCUUGGCAAAUGUUUUGCAAUCAUACACAAGUUUCGGGGGCGUGAAGCUGAAGAUCGGACUAUAUAUUUCCAAAUUUAAAAAAAAAAAACACAAAACGAGGGUGUGAUUUUGGGCAAAACCCUUGUGACUGCCGUGUCAGAUCACACAUGUAAAUAAACAACGAGUGUAGCCUCGCGGUUGGUGGCUAAAGAUCCUAAUUUUUAUAUGAGGAAUUUUAAAUAAAAUGCUGUGAUUUCUGAAA